AUGUCUUACCAACAACAGCAAUGUAAGCAGCCUUGCCAGCCGCCUCUUGUGUGCCCACCCCCAAAGUGCCCUGAGCCUUGUCCUCCUCCAAAGUGCCCUGAGCCUUGUCCUCCUCCAAAGUGCCCUGAGCCUUGUCCUCCUCCAAAGUGCCCUGAGCCAUGCCCUCCUCAGCCAUGCCAGCAGAAAUGCCCUCCUGUACAACCUCCUCCACCAUGCCAGCAGAAAUAUCCACCCAAAAGCAAGUAA